AUAUCAUUGUCUAUUUGUGCUUAUGUACAUAUGUAGACACUUGUGAUCUGUGUGGCCAAUGUACAGCCAUUUAGAUACACGCAGAAAGAGAAUAGAUGCUAAAAAAGAAAAAGGGGGGGGGCAAAAUGUUAACAUCUAGGCAAACAGAAUAUGAGAAUCAUUGGUUCUCUUCUCAUAGCUUUGUUUGAAAGUACCUCAGAAAAAGACACAGAAAAUGCGGGAAAUCAAAGUUUCCCCACAGUAGAGAGCAUGGUGUUCAUCUCUUCCUGAAGUGAAUGGCUAGGAUUUCCAUCUUCUAGUCCUUGAUUGUUUGUGUGCAGUUUUGAAGCUAAAAUUCUGCUUCACUUUUUUCUUUCUUUCCCUGUUUAAGAUGGAUUCUCAGCACCCCUCAGCCUCCAGUAAGGUUAGUGUUGGUUUAGGCAGACAUUCACAAGUUUUAGCAGCACAUCCUCAGGAAACAGGGAGACGGUUAUUUCCAAAAAUGGCCAUAAAUUCCACCCUUCAAGUAAGUCUCACAUAGUGGGAAUUUGUCUGAAAAAAAAAUGGCUUGUUUCUCAAGCUUCUUAAAUGCCCCAUGUGACAUUUUGGCAUAGACAUACUCAGGGUGGGUGGAUUGUAAAAUAUUUCCCCAAAUUACAAAAUAUUUGAAAGCUGACACCAGACUUCCACUCUUAUCUGCUGAUUGCAGAUAGUUCUAAGCUAUUCUGGUACAUUUGACUGGUGCCGAUUUUCUCCUGCAUUCUUAAGCAGAAGAGCUCUAGAGUACAGAGUGAGGAGGGCAGCCUACCCAUGAGCCGAUCAUGCAGAGGGCGUUCAAGAAAAGAAGCUGAAAGGGAAGACAAGGCCCAGAGAAAGCUGGAAGCGAUUGUAGUGAGAUUUCUGACCAAACGAUUCAUCUGGGAAUACGAUCCAACGCUCGAAUCAACCUACCGACACCAGGCGACCAUCGACGAUGAAGUUGUUUCUAUGGAGAUCCUAGACACCGCUGGCCAGGAAGACACCAUCCAGAGGGAGGGGCACAUGCGCUGGGGGGAAGGCUUCGUGCUGGUCUACGAUAUCACGGACAGAGGAAGCUUUGAAGAAGUGCUGCCGCUGAAGAACGUCUUAGAUGAAAUCAAAAAGCCCAAGAACGUAACUCUCAUCUUGGUCGGAAACAAAGCCGACCUGGACCACUCCAGGCAAGUGAGCACAGAGGAAGGGGAGAAGCUGGCUACAGAAUUGGCCUGCGCCUUUUACGAAUGUUCCGCCUGCACGGGAGAAGGGAACAUCACCGAGGUAUUCCACGAGCUCUGCCGAGAGGUGCGCCGCAGGAGGAUGGUGCAAGGAAAGACAAGGCGGCGCAGCUCCACCACUCACGUCAAGCAGGCGAUCAACAAAAUGCUCACCAAAAUCAGCAGUUAGAGGCCCUGCCAAGGUGGACCGAAAAGUGGGAAGUCCCUCCUGGCUCUUAUUUUGCCCUUCCAAACACGAGCGAAAUAUCCUCCUCUUUAUUCUGACUUUGUCAGGGUUUCUCGUGGUUCCCUGUCAGCCUGGGUCCCAUGCUGUGGCGCUCUCUCCCUUUCCUGCUUGCGUAGGAUCCGUGCUAAUGUAGUUUGAAGAUGUAACCACCAAAGACGCUGAAGUGGCUGGGUUCGUGGAAGCUAAUUUUAGGCAUCUCUCCCAUGCUUAAAUAAGCUCAAGUCUUUCCAAAGGGAUUUUAAGAUCCGGUUUCUUGGGGAGGAAUAUAAAGAUCACCAUAAGGUUUUGUGAUGGCUGGUGAGAACUGGAGAAGGGUAGCUGGGCUAUUGGAAUGGGGAACAUAACUCUAGUUCCCAUUUGAAGAGAGGGGUUUUUGUUUGUUUGUUUUGUUUCUCUUUUUAUUGUUAUCGUGCUUAAAUUAGGCAGUUUUUCUUUAUUUCCUUUUUAGGUUGAAAUGUCAUCACGGAAUUUUGUUUUGUGGCAUAAUUGUCCAUUUCAAUUCAAGUUGGUUUGCUCAAAGAUCUAUAGCAGUCUGUAUACCCCGAUUCUAUUAUCUCUCCUAAAUAACAACAACAACAAACCACCCAAGACCCACUAUUCAAACUGUGCCCUAGGUUUGCUCCUCCAAUCUUGGGUGAUCAACAACAAUAACAACAAAAACACCAAGAUCUUUGUACCAAAGCUUGAAUCCACUGCAUGUUAGUAGAGGAAUUAUAAUUAGAGACGCCUGGUUUGUAUAUUACUCUAUUAGCACCGUAGCACAAAGGUAACCCUCUAAGUGAGAAAAUUAUGAUGCUUACUUAUUCCUCUUGGAAACCAAGGCUGAACCCCACGCAGUCAGGAAGAGCCAGCCUCUGAUUCAGUAUGUUGGCCACAUGUCUUCUUAACCUUUCAACCUUUGGGUAAGAGCAAUUCACUUGGGGGAAUUUGGAGAAAGGAUGGAUGAUUAAAAUGCAUCAUACCUGAGUGAGUGUGUAUGGCUUGGCUGGUGAAAGGGUUAUGUAACUGCCAACAGUUGAUGGCCCUUUUCUCCAUUUCCUGCCCCAUAUAGUAAGAUUUGGGCACUUUAUUUUAGAAGAAAAUAUAUAUCUUUUACAUAUGUAUGUAUUUAUAUGUAUAAAAUUUGUAAGCAUUGGAGGCUUUAAUUCACCAACAUAUUUGAACAAUCUGGUGUAACUGACUUCGUUUUAUGUGACUAUAAUAAAAAGUAUAAUUUUCAA